AUGAGGAGUUAUGUACUCGCAGUCUUGGGACUGGUGGCUUUAGCAGCAUUUGCUUCAGCGAGGGAAAUAAGGGAGAAGAGAUCAGCAGAUUUGGAGGCAGCAGCGUCUGGUCACAAAUGGGACAAGGGUGGUGGCCACGAGCACCACGGGCAUCAUCACCACGACCACGGCGGCCAUGACCAUAAGGGACAUAAGGGACACCACGAAGAUCAUCACGGCCACAAGGGGCACCACCAUCACGAGGGCCACAAAGGACAUCACGGAGAACACGGUGGGCACAAAAAACACCACCACCACGAUGAAGGUUACCACCAUCACCACGGACAUGGUGAAAAGGGCGAGCACGGCCAUGGACACGAGGAGCACGGUCAUUGGCACAAAGGCCAUGAUACUAAAGGCCACCAUGGCAUCGAGAAGCACGAUGAAUUCAAAAAGGACAAGCAUUUCCACGAUCACCAUGGUGAUUUGACACACCAUGAACAUUAUGGCGGACAUCAUGAUGAAGGCGGUUACAAGAAAGGCGGCCACUUCCACAAGGGUCACAAGCAUGGCGGCCAUCAUGAGCAUCAUCACGGUGAUAAGGGACACCAUGAGAAAGGAGGUCAUCAUCAUCAUCACAAGGGACACCACGGAGAUGGCGGUCACCAUGAACAUUGGGACCAUCAUCACGACCACGGCAAGAAGGGCGGCCAUGAAGACCACAAGCACUGGGGACACAAGUCUGGUCACUAA